AUGGCCGCGAUUCUGAUCCUGCUGGGUACCGUGAUGAGCCUCGUCGUCGUCGAAGCCAAACUUCCCAACACGACUGCGGUCAGCAGGCCCGAGUGCGUUGGGAAGUCGGCGGACAAAAGAUAUGACAGCAACGUCGGACAUCUCAUGGACUUCUUCGUGGACGAAACUAAGAACAUGUUCAGAAAAACCAACAUCGACGACUACGUCAUGUAUCACAGCUACCCUAACCGGGACAGCGCCGGCUCUGUCACUGGUGUCGCCACUUGCACCAACCCUCACCAAUGA